AUGAACCCAUCGGAGAUGCAAAGAGAAGCGCCACCACGGAGAUGGAAAACCCGCAAUCGAGCAUCAUCGACUCACCGGGUGAACAAAAUGGUGAUAUCAGAAGAACAGAUGAAGUUGCCAUCCACCAAGAAAGCGGAGCCGCUAACCUGGGCCCAAUUAAAGAAGCUGACACAGUUAGCUGAAAAAAGCCUGAAGAACAAAAAGGGUGUAUCCAGCAGCUCCAAAGAGAGAGCGACCAGUGAGAACGGGCCAUGA